AUGACGUACGUCUCUCUGGGUCCCGGCAUGAACGAGGUGAUCACAGCGAAUCCCGAGGUGCUGGAGCAUAUCCUUAAGAACAAGUUCAGCAACUACCCCAAGGGACCCGACUUCCAGUCUUCAUUCGGCGACCUGCUAGGUCACGGCAUAUUCAACAGCGAUGGAGAGGCGUGGAAGCAGCAGAGGAAGACGGCCAGCCUGGAGUUCUCCGCGCGCUCCCUCCGCGACCUCAUGAUGGUCUCUAUCCAGGACGAGGUGCAGCUGCGCCUUCUCCCGACUCUGCAAACAGUGAGUCGAGGUGCACCUGCGCUGGCUGCCCACAUCCAGGAAUCUCUGCUGUGCUACACCUUUUACCGCACUUUCCCCCCUUCCCCUCCCCCCCACCUUCCUCCCCAUCAGGCCCUGGAAUCAGCCGUGGAGUCAGGCUCAUCGAUCGACAUUCAGGACAUUCUCCUGCGCUACACUUUUGACAACAUCUGUCGCAUCGGCUUCGGGGUGGACCCUGGCUGCCUUGCAGCAGGGCUCCCUGACAUCCCCUUCGCCCGGGCAUUUGAUGAUGCCACCAAGACUAAGCCACAAAGCUGGCUUCGGGUGGACCCUGGCUGCCUCGCAGCAGGCCUCCCGGACAUCCUCUUCGCGCGGGCCUUCGACGAUGCCACCAAGGCCACGCAGAUUCGUAACAUUCUCCCCGACGCCAUCCGCUCUCUCUUCAUGUCGUGGGGUAUCGCUCACGAGAAGAUCCUCAAAGCAUCCGUGCGGGAAAUCGACGAGUUCGCGCACAAAGUGAUUGAGACGCGCAAGGAGCAGCUGGAGAGGCUGAGGAAGGGAGGAGCAGAUGCCGAGGAGGAGGGCAGGGAUGACGUCUCUCUGGGCCACUCCGACAUUCUCUCCAGUUGUGAGUCAACUCGAGAUAUUCUGAACCAGCUCAUUUUCCGUCUUUCCUCUCGCCCUCCCUCCUCCUGUCCAAGGAUGAUGAUGCUGCAGAAGGAUGACGGGGGCCAGCUGUACUCUGAGCGAUUCCUGCGCGAUGCGUGCACCAACUUCAUCCUAGCUGGCAGGGACACGUCAUCCGUGCUGCUGACGUGGUUCUUCUGGCUGCUGAGCUGGCACCCGCACGUGGAGAGCAAGAUAGUGGAGGAGGCAAGAAGCAUCAUUGCCGGCCGUGACGCAGGCGAUGAGAGGGAGACGUUCACAUAUGACGAGCUGCGCAGCAUGACCUACACACACGCCGCCCUCAACGAGGCUCUGCGCCUCUACCCUUCUGUGCCCGCUGACACAAAGCAUGUAAGCGAGGACAGCGUCUUACCAGACGGCACGCCAGUGAAGAAGGGUUGGAGGGUGAUGUACGCGCUCUAUGCCAUGGGCCACAUAACACGCAUCUGGGGCCCCGACGUCCGUGAGUAUCGCCCCGAGCGGUGGAUCGAUUUCUUCACUUCCGUCUCCCUCCUCCUGUCACUCCUCCCUUCCCACCCCACCAGGCACGUGAGUGAGGACGACGUGUUACCUGACGGAACACCAGUGAAGAAGGGCUGGAGGGUCAUGUACGCGCUCUAUGCCAUGGGCCGCAUGACGCGCAUCUGGGGGCCUGAUGCCCGCGAGUACCGCCCCGAGCGCUGGAUCGACUCAGCAGGGCAGCUGAGGAGCGAGUCGCCCUUCAAGUUCCCUGCCUUCAAUGCCGGGCCACGGCUCUGCCUCGGGAGAGACCUAGCGUACCUACAGGGCAGCUGA